AUGAUUUUUCUAGUUACCUUGAUUUGCAUUUUGAUUACGAGUCUAUGGUUUGUCUGCGAACUAUCGGAAUACCUGAAAGUGGAUAUAGUAGAAGAGUUAUUCGUUGACACAUCGACCAGCGACGCCGGUUUGCAGACCAACUUCGAUAUUGUUUUCUACACGUUACCUUGUGCCUUCAUAUCUGUCGAUUUAAUGGACAUAUCCGGCAAGCAUCAGAACGACGUCGUGCACAACGUCUGGAAGAAGCGACUGGACAAGAACGGCAAGGCGCUUGAAGAUGUGCCAGAGAAAGAAGGUAUUCAGUUUUCUGUGGUAUUGUUUUCAUAUUGUCAUCGCAGCAACACGCUGUGUUUCCUGGGUGAAUUUAGGUGCUGCAAAACGUGCGAAGACGUAAAAAGGGCAUACGCAAUCCGCGGUUGGGCGAUGAUUGAGAUUGAGCGUGUAAAGCAAUGCCGGAACGAUGCCUGGCUGGGCAAGUUGGUAGCGUUCAAGAACGAAGGUUGUGAGGUUUACGGACACGUGAAAAUGUCGAAGGUCGCACUUCUCACGGAUCCAUUUUUAGUGACUCAUGUGCAGCAUCGAUUUGAUCCUGUCAAAAAAGCAGUCUCUCUCUGCAUUAAAAAAGUGCUUUUCACAAUGCUCUAUAGCAAACUCACGUGA